GUAUAUUUAGUUUAUUUUACUUGCAAUCAUUCAUUUAUUCUCAUUUUGUUUUCAUCAUUCUAUUUUACAAACAUUAUCUUAAAGCAGAAUGAUGUGUUAUUACCAAAAGAAAAGAAACAUUUAAUAUCGUACAUGAAAAUAUCAUAGAAUGUUAAUUAUUCUUAUACACCUUAAGGAAAUAAUAUUCGACAAUGGUACCAUUAUUAAGUGGAUGUAUUGAUCUAUUAUCAACGGUUAUAUCUUGAAUAUUUUUACUGAUCAACAAUCUAUUCAAUUAUUUUUUCUCUUUGACAGAGAACACCGAAAACGGAAGUUGGACAACAGGAAGUACUCAUAAAUUAACAUAAGUGACAUAUCUAAACAAUGAGUCAAGAAAGUGAUGUAAAGAAAAGGAAGUUCCGAAAUUGGGUGAGAGGUGGAUUAGCAUAUAAAUAUCUUAAACAAGGUUUGGAAGGUUUUGCUGAUGAUGUUGUUAAACAAGAUCAUAAGAGAAUUCUUAGUGCUAAUUACACAUCUGGUAUUAUCUGUACUCGGUGCAUUAUUGGAAACCUGAAACCGACACAUGCAUGCAUAAUAAAUUCUGCAGGCAAAAAUGACUGCUACUGGGGUCAACACAAGUGUAAUUGUUUGCGCACAAAGAAAGAAGUAUGUCGUCUUCAUAUAUGUGAUCACAUUAUGGAAGAAGUAUUAAAAAGCCACGGAUCGACUCCGCCAACACCAAACUGGGCAAAUACAGACAUACAAAAAUGGUGUACUGAACCAUGGGAGGUUGCCAAAUGUUUCAUCAAUGCACCUGGAUAUUCAGACAAGACAAAGGCAGCUGAUAUAGACAUAUCUGGAAUACUUCAUGUCGUCAUAAAUGACACUAAUUUUCACUCUCAUUUAUCAUGCUCCAUGACUGGAACAAAUCUUUUUAUAAAGGUGCGAGAAAGAAGAAACAAAUUAUUUCAUUCACCUACCAUGGAAAUCGAAGACACGGAAUUGGCUGAAUGUAUAGAUGAUGUCAUUGAAAUUCUUGAAGAUCCAAAAGAACUGAAAGGAAUUCCUGAGGCUCGACAAGCUGUCAACAAGCUUAAACAGUUGAAGCAAAGUGAUUUUGUUAUCACCACCCACAAUGAGGUCGAGGUAUGUAGAGAGGCAUUAGCAUCCGUUAACCUGAAAUCAGAGGAAAUAGAACAGGCGAUUCAAGAUGCAAAGAAUUUCAUUAGUGACGAACAGAAAGAGAUGGUAAAAUGUUUGCAACAUGCAACAAGCAAACAAAAACAAGAGUUUCAAGAUGUCAGCGAUCAAGCUAAGGAGACUAUACAAAAGGGCCUUCUUGAAGCUAUAAAAGUGUUUGACAGACACAGUGAAAUACUAUAUGAAAGAGUGAAGAAACUGGAAACAGGCGUUUCAGGAAGAGUGGAGAAAUUGGAAACAGAUGUUUCAGAAAGAGUGGGGAUAUUGGAAACAGACGUUUCAGAAAGAGUGGGGAAAUUGGAAACAGACGUUUUAUCACUGCAGGAACGAGUGUCGUCACUAGAGGGUAAAAAGAAAAAGGAACUAGACGGUGUACAUCAGAUGUAUAUGAGACGUUACGAUUACGUAAAAAGGAAACAAGAGCUACAAGAUAAUCUUGUUAGAAAUUACCAGAAGUAUUAUGUGAAUACAUCGCUUUCUCCUUUAAAGCAAGAGGAAGAUAGUACCAAUGUUAUAGAUGUAUAUGUACCUCCCGAGAUAGAAGUUAUCGAGGUAUAUCAAUCUGUGAAUAUUGAUAAAGAUAGGACAAAGAAGAUACAUGAAAUUGGAUAUCAUGAAAACGUUCAAACAAAAGGGCAGCGAUAUAAGAAGAUUUACAUAUUGGGAGAUGUUGGUACAGGAAAAACUACUUUUUGCAAAAUGAUGAUUGAAAACUGGUGUGACGCUGUUACUGGUGUAACUAAAAAGUCUAAAAGAACAGAAACUCUAUCCUGCGGUAUAAAAGAUGAUGUCAUCCAAGUUGGACAUUAUGAAUUUCUUUUCUUUAUACAACUUCAAUACAUGUCAGCAUUUAAGUCUGACGCCACUGUUGAUAUGAUAAAGGAAUUAACAAAAGAUCUUACUUUGAAUACGGAAUUGAUUGACAGAAUAUUUCAAGAAGAGUCAGAACGUUGUCUUAUCAUUGUUGACAGCUUGGAUGAAUGGAGGCCUUCUAAAAUAAGCUUGCAUAUACCCCAUGUAAGUUACGGAAUACCGAACGGAGACCGGGCACAAGAUGCAACAGUUAUUACAUUAUCAAGACCAUCAGCAAAAGGAAUUCUCAAUUUAAAGAAAUCAGAAAUUGAUCUCAAAUUACAGUUAGUAGGUAUACCAAGAAAUUCGUUAAAGUCAUUCAUUGAACGAUACAUUUCUGAAUCAACGGGAACAAAUAAGUCUUGUAAUGAAUUCAUGUCUGUUUGUACUUCUAAACAUAUUGAUCAUGUGGAGAAGACACCACUACUUUUGCAACAGCUGCUGUGGUUAUACUGUAAUGGUAUAGAACUUGGAAAUUCUGUUAGCGAAACGUACUGUCACAUAUUUAAUACUAUGUAUGGCUGGUCGGAUCACAAGAAAAAGGGGCAUGACAACGAUGCGAGUCAGUUUCAGGAAGAUUGCAAGACUAUUCAUCUACCUGCAAUACUACAAAGGUUUCCUAGGUUAAAGAAGAACAAUCAUGUCCUAUUUCGUCUAGGUAGAAUUGCAUAUGAAACAAUAACUUCAGACAUAGAAGCCACGUGCGGCCUUACAUGUCGUAUCAAAAAGGAUUUAUCGGAUAGUGUUAUCGAUGAGCUAACACAAUUUGGUAUUUUAAAUGAAAGUACAUGUUAUGACCGGACGCUUGAAGAUACACAACUCGCUUUUAUCCACAUCUCAUAUCUUGAGUUUUUCGCAGCAUUGUAUGUUACAACAUCCUAUAACAUGGAACAAACCGCCUCUGUUAAACAGAGCCCUAGGGAAGUAUUAGUUUUAGAUGAGCUUUUUGGAAUAUGUAAAUCAGCAAGUGACGUAUUACAAUUAUCCAAUGUUAUUAAAAUGAUUUGCGGUUUGUCCCCAGUUAUUGUUACUGAUUUGUCAAAACAGAUUUCGUGUAUUGUAAAUAAGGAUAAACACAUUUUACAUCUUAGACAAAACAGGUUUAUAAAGAGAUGUGAUGAUGAGAUUAACCUUAUACAAAAUCUAAUGUUAGAUUGUCUCAAAGAGUGUGGCUCUGAUGACAAGACAAUGAUCAGUCUAAGCAAUCUUGACCUUGUUGAUUUCAUUAAUUUUCCACUACAAAGCAUCAACCCAGGUGAUGUGAUUUCCCUGACUUUGGGAUUUAAUCCAGCAGUUAAAAUUGUGUUGGAAUAUAUCACAAAUUGUAUCAAUAUGCAGUAUAUGCAUGUGUCAGAUGCAAAUCCUUUUCAAUUGGAUAAUCCGGAAAAUUGUAGUGUAAUUAAUCUCUCUAAACACAAGCAGCUUCGGGUACUAAAGCUGUCCCAUUGUAAUAAUUUUAAAAUGUCUGCCCUGAACACUGAACAGCUUGAGCAGGUACACAUCAAAGAAUGUCCCGAUGUAUUAGAGUUAAAUCUUUUAUCAAAUGCCAGCACACUGACUGAACUUUGUCUUGAGAACUUUUCUUGUGACUUAACAUCACUGUCAUCCGUAUUGCAACAAGUACAGUUAAGACAACUGACUUUAUAUCAUGUACGUUGCAACAAAGGUAAACAUCAUAAUAUUGAUCUGUCUGGACAUAAACAUCUCAAAACACUUAGGCUGGUAGAGUGUCCUGAUAUAAUUGUUACAGGAAUAAACACUGACAAACUUGAACAGGUAUAUAUUCAUAAAUAUUUCCAUGCAUUAGAUAUGAACCUGCUACAUAAUGCAAGCAAAUCCAUGGAACUGUACAUUAAAGGUCAUGCUGGUUCCUCUAAUAAAGCAAUACAGAAAUCGUUAUUACAACAGACUACUUUAGAACUGACCAAUAAUGAUGUAAAAGGUUACAAGGAGGAACAUAUUGAUAUUGAUUUGUCUCGACAGAAUCAUCUCCAAAAACUAAAGUUUGUAAAGUGUCCUAAUUUAAUAAUUACAGGAUUAAACACUGAAAAACUUGAACAGAUAUGCAUUGAAGAAAUUGAAGGUUGUUUUUUCUCAGACAUUAGAAACCUUUAUCUUCAACCAGUCACAAGCAAACUAACUGAACUUCACCUUAAAAAAGUUACUGUAAAUGUAGCAUCACUUGUAUUGAUAAUACAACAAGCACCUUUAAGACAACUCACGUUAAUACAUGUGUCUGACGAUCAGGCUCUGGAUGGUCAUGUGCAUGUGAUGUACCUUACUAAGCAGAACCAGCUCAGGGAGCUUAUGGUUAAACACUGUGGUCAAAUACAAAUUUCCAACAUAAACAAUGAACAACUAGUACAUGUUUACAUUAAUGACAGCAGUCUCGAUUUCUACCUUUCUGUACCGCCAUCAACCACCAGCAAACUCAUUGAAAUUCACCUUGAAAAACUAACCUGUAAUAAAGCAUCACUGAUAUCAUUGUUGCAGCAGACCACUUUAAGAGAACUGAUUUUGACACAUGUGUGUGUUCAUCAGUGUGAUGAUGAGGGUUUCAUGCAUGUUACACAUGUAGAUCUGUCUAAGCACAGUCGGCUUCAAAUUCUAAAUCUGUCUUAUUGUAAGAAUAUUAGGAUUUCUGGACUGAACACAGAAAACCUUGAGAGUAUACAUAUUUCAGCUGGUAUCUUAGAUUUUGAUCUCUUAUCAAAUGCGAGCAGACUGACAGAACUUAUAUUACAAGAUAAUUAUGUUGGUAGAUUUCAAUACAGUAGACAAGUUGGUAAUGUUGUACAUACUUUACAUCAACUUAGAAAUCUCACAUUACUGAAUGUAGAUGUAGAAGAUAACGCUCUUACUGUAACACCAGAGAUGAGUGUUACACAUAUUAAAUUAGACAAUGCACUAAUGAGUAUGGACACGUGGCGGUCAUUUGUUGACAGUCUUCUUACCCUUGGUCAGUUUGUUGAAGUAGUUACAGUGCACAUAAAUGAAGGAGUAAAAGAAUUGUAUGAUUAUAUUCUAACUCAUCCAACGUUUGUAGUGAUAUGUGAGAGUAAAUUAAGAUUAAUUGUCAGGUCAGACAGGCCGCGUAGAAUUUAUCAUUUUCUUUGAAAAAAUAAUGAUGAGGAAAAUUGCUUUUCAAUGAUUAUGUUAAUAGUUCAUGAUAAUUCUUAAAGACUUUGAAAAAUUCUACUAAUAUAAUUUUUGAAAAGUAAUGCUGCCAUUCUCAUUUGAUUUGGUGUUUGAAUUACAAGUUGUAUGAAAACUAUAUAUAAUAAAAUUGAGAAAAAGUUGACAUGUGUGAAAUAUUUUGAAUUUCGACGACUAAGUCUCUGUGUGUAUAUGAGUUGAAAUUGAAAAUUUAAAAAAAAAAUAAAGUGCAUUGUUUACACAUGUUUUCAAAUAACAAUGCUAUAGUUAAUAUGUUAUAUCAUUUGUCAUGCAAUAUUCAAGCCAAAUGUUUUAAGAAAUUUAUUUAUUUAAAUUUGUUAUAUGAUGUGUUUUUGUUUGAAAUAUUUUAGGGGAAUAUAGAUUGGUUUAUAAAUAGUGACAAGACAUCCUUAUUUUAUUAGUAGGUUUGAAAAGAGACAUAUCAAUAAUAUUGUGGCAAAAUGUUUAAAAAAAAAGACUUGCAUAAUUAUUAUUAUACAAUGUACAGACAAAUUUGUGUUUAAGAUCACCUCCAAAUAAAGACUUUCCUGUAAUUAAGGCCACUCUUCAAAAACCCUUCAUAUGUUAGAUUUAAAAUAAAUAAUUUAAAUAAAGACCACUUGUCCAUAAAGUUCUUGUUCUGUUUCUCCUUUGAAUGGACUUUGCUCACAGGUUUGAGUGACUAAUUUAUUUUUGAAGUUUAACAAUUGUGUGUAGACAUCAUUUACAAUACUUUGAUCAUGCUUUUUGUUUAAUAUAAAUCUAUUUAUUAUUUUAAUAGUAAACUAAUUCAUCACAUACCAGUGCCGAUUGGGCGACUCCGUAAAAACGGUCGUGCAUAUAUUUUGACGUGACGUCAUUUGCGUUAUAUAAACAUAGCGUUAAGACGCGCUAAAUGUUAGCGUUAUACUAUAGACGCGUCAAUAAAAAAUGUU